AUGCCUCCCAAACGCAAGCAGGCUCCCCAAGCAGAGGUUCAAAUCCAAUCCAAACGCCCUCGCACGCGUGGAAACUCUUCUGUAGUAGACCCUCCAACGGAAAACCACGUCACACCAUCUCGUCAGGAUCGCAAAUCUUCGACCAGAAAACCUUUGAAGGACGCAGGUGAAGCUGACGCGUCAGCUUCAAACAGUAACAUUCCAAAUAAUGUUGUAGCUAUCAUUGACAAUGAAAGUCUACUACGCAAGGCAGGGGUGGCCAAGGUUUAUGGGAAGGCUGCUAGAAGACCCAGGACAAGGAAAGACACUGUACAUAGCAUUGAAACGCACACUUCCCCCGAUGAUGAUCCGCCGGUGCACAGGCAAUUAAGAAGUAGCACUACGACAGAAGUCGUCAUCGUCAUGCCAGAUGCUAAAGCGCCUUCGAAAAGGACCGCUAAGCGGACGACCUCUAACUCGACCAUUCUGAAAGAAAUCGCAGAUUCCACUGAAACGCCAACGGUGAAGAAGUCUAGACGGAGGACUACGACUGUGGCCGGUGAAUUAGAAACAAUGGUCGAGGAACCCGAAGCAAAAGCCCCUCCCAAACGAAUGACAAGACGUCGAACGGCCGCUACAAUUAUCGAAACUGAUACUGUCCCAAAUAUACCCAAAAACAAACGUGCUAGGCGAACCCGCUCUACUACAAUUGUGGACACAUAUCUGGAAGCGCCUGACUCCGUAGAGGUUGUCCAUACAAAAGAGCUUAGUCGGGCCAAUUACUCUGAACCUCCCGAAACGGUAUCAACAAUCGACGGCUCUAAGGUAGAAGAGCUUUUCAAAACAGUUGAAGGAUCUCCGUUGUUCUCUGAGGUAGAAAGUAUCGACGACAAUGUGUCUAUGACAAGACCUCGAUCGUCUUUGACCCCGACACCAACAUAUCUCGAUGGACGCUCAUCUCUUGCGCAAAAUAUCUCUAUACCUCCGAACUCUGCUGCUUUACAAAAAGUACCACUCACAGAGGCUUCGACUGCUCUCCCAGUACACCUACAUCCUUUCUUCUACACUCAGAAGCGCAGCAUAAUGAAGAUGCUCCAACGUCCAAUCUUCAAGGUCGACGCGCCUGAAUUGGAAGUUUCUGUGAAUGUUGUUGCGGCCAGUCAACUAGCCGAACUAAUUGAAGGGACGGUGAUGAGGGCAGAAGGUAAUAGCUGUCUUCUGCUUGGACCCAGGGGAAGCGGAAAGUCCGCUAUCCUAGAAGACUGUCUUCAAAAUCUUCCGAGUAAACCUAUUAUUAUCCGCCUCUCUGGGUGGGUUCAAAGUACGGACCGGCAUGCAAUACGCGAAAUUGCCAUACAACUUCUACAACAAACAGGAUCGGCCUUGUUUUCAGAUAUUGUAAACGACCCAACAAACCCCGCUACAGACACUAAUCAAGACGAUGAUAAUCCCUUUCUCAUCACUCAUGACCAGCCAAACGAGGAAUCUGCAUUUUCUACUACGUCGUUACCCCCUGCUUCACACCUGCACUCCCUUAUUCCUGCUCUCUUGACUUUGAAGCAGCCGGUAGUCGUUAUCUUGGACGCUUUUGAUCUUUUUGCCUCCCAUCCCCGGCAAUCCUUGCUCUACUGCCUUCUGGAUACCGUUCAAAAUUGUCGUGCAAGCGCGGAAAGUAGAGGCAUUGCGGUUAUCGGAGUUACUUCCCGCCUGGACACUAUCCAACUGCUCGAAAAGCGUGUCAAGAGCCGUUUCUCAGGCAGAACGAUACGUACAGCGCCAUCUAGCGGUUUUGAUGUCUGCCUCUCGUACGUACGGGUUAGUCUUCAGUCCUCUGCUCCGGACAAUACUUCAUUGGGGCAAACUGAGUGGAAUCAACUGUGGGAUGCCCAUGUGGAAAAUUUUCUUGCGAACAACGAAGUUCUGGGUAUCUUGAAAGAAACAUAUAGUGUCACCAGGGAGCUAAAGGUCAUCGCUCGUAUCCUGAUGCAAUCUGUUUCAUUGUUAACCCUGGCACAACCUUACCUCACCCUCAAACAUAUUUCCCAAUCAGCCCAUUCGCAGCGCUCUCGCCCUUCCAGCCUUCAUGCGGAUAAUCUAUCUUACCCUGCAAUAUGUCUUCUUAUUGCAAGCGUUCAUCUCAAUACAAACGGACAAAGCACAUUCACCUUUGAGAUGAUGUUUGAGAUCUUCCGUGAUCAAGUACGUGCAUCUCAGUCAGCACCUGCACAGAUAAACGGAGGCAGCAUAGGAAUGAUGACAUGCACCCGUGAUAUCGCAAUGAGUGCUUUCGAAGGUCUAAUCUCUGCAAAAACCUUCAUUUAUAUAUCUGGUCCCUCUGCCAACACAGCAAAGCAAUUCAUGAAAUAUCGUUGCGCCUUGGAUAGAGGCGUUAUUUCCAAACUAGUCGAACAGUCAGGCCAAACUAACUUAAGAAGAUGGUAUGAUAGAGCAAAAUGA